AUGACUACAGAAAACCCAACUCAAGAAGUUCAAGAUUCAGAUAAUAAUGAUCACCUCAUUAUUUCGCAAGAUCCCCAACAUCCCGCAAAUUUAAUCCCAGAAUUAUGUGCAAAAUUUUGGCAUUUAGGAUGGGUAACAGGUACAGGAGGAGGGGCCAGUAUCCGCAACGAUAAUCUAGUCUACCUUGCGCCCUCCGGAGUGCAAAAAGAGCUCAUGAAAUCCGAACACAUCUACGUCCUCGACAUAACCCAGCAAACCGACCCCAAACAGCGCAUCUACCUCCGCUCACCCCCCAACCUCAACCCCUCCCAAUGCACCCCCCUUUUCAUGGCCGCCUUCACCAAGCGUAACGCCGGCUGUUGCAUCCACACGCAUUCGCUAUGGGCGGUACUCAUUACGCUACUCCUCGAAUCCGCCCCUUACACCAAUACUAGCAUGUUUGAAAUCAACAACAUUGAGCAAAUAAAAGCGUUUGGAAAGGGCUUUGCUAAAGCGGGAAACUUGGGCUAUCAUGAUACGUUACGCAUUCCGGUUAUAGAAAAUACACCGCGUGAAGAAGAUUUGACCGAAUAUUUGGAGGAGGCGAUGGAGAAAUAUCCGGAUACGUAUGCGGUAUUGGUAAGAAGACAUGGGGUUUAUGUUUGGGGGGAGACGGUGCAUAAGGCGAAGACUCAGUGUGAGAGUUUGGAUUACCUAUUUCAAAUUGCUGUUGAGAUGAAGAAAUUGGGACUGCCCUGGUUGAGUGAUGUUAAACCAAUUGCUUGA